CCACGCGCUGUCCCCAAAGGCGGAGUGAUAAAAAGGGAAGACGAGGCCGCUGCCUUCCUUCGCCCCGGAUUCUAGUCAAUGUGUUCGAGUUCGGGUGCUCUCCUGCAUGCGGGCUCGGCUUUCUCAAGGGGACGUUGAAGUCGCUCUCCCUCAGGGACGCAAGCUUGCAGGCUGACCUCCUGGGCACUGGGGUGUGAGCUUCCAGCAGGUGUUUCCUCCCUGAAUGCUUCUAUGAGGACAAGGCCAGAGCCACAAAAGCCACCAUGGGACCAUUCCCCUAACUGAUGCUGAAACCCCAAGAAAGUUUGGGAUGACGGUAGCUGGAACUGGGUGUGCAAUGGCCCCACCCCUGGGAGGGCGGAGGAGGAGGAGGCUGCCCAGACCCCAGAGAGCGCCAGGAGCGGUGGCUGCACAGUUCAGGAGGCAGAGCUCGGCACGUCUGCAACAUGUCCUGGGCUCCUGUCCUGCUGGCCCUCCUUGCCUACCUCACAGGUUGUGGUCCUCAGCCCAUGCUGGAUCAGCCACCUUCUGUGUCCUCGCCCCUCGGAACCACAAUCCGUCUGGCCUGCACGUUGAGCAGGGACCAUGAUGUCAGCAUGUAUAGCAUCUACUGGUACCAGCAGAGGCCUGGACACCCUCCCAGAUUCUUGCUGAGAUAUUUCUCUCAUUCAAACAAGAGACAGGGCCCCAAGGUCCCUCCACGCUUCUCCGGAUCCAAAGAUGUGGCCGAGAACACGGGGUAUUUGAGCAUCUCUGGGCUGCAGCCUGAGGAUGAGGCUAUGUACUACUGUGCUGUGGGCACCCAGAGCUUGGAGAGGGAUAAGAUGGAGAUGGAGGACGAGGAAGAAAAGGCGCCUGCUGCUUCAGUGUCCCAGGCACCCCAGACACACUCACCGUGAACUGAGGACAGAAGGGUGCUCAUCGCCACAGAGAGGGCGCGCAUCGCCAGAGAGGGCGCGCAUCGCCACAGAGAGGGCGAGGAGGAGGGUGGGCUGUAGGUUGUGCAGAGCGAAGGAGUCGCUCCUUGUCCAGCUGGGCCCCCAUUGGAGGCUGGAUUGGGGGAUUAAAGCUGCUUGU